GCCCAGGUGCUGGUGCAUUACCCCGACGAGGAUCUGGAGUGGCACCACCGUGUGUUGCUGCAUCGGGUCGAGGGCGCCCUGUGGCUGGGCCUCACUCCCGACCACGAGAUUGUGAGGGUUGACCUUGGCGUCCUGCGACAUCAUGUGUUGGAUCGGUCCUCGGCUUUCCCCGCCCAGUUCGCGCCGAUGGUGUACGCCUUCGACCCAUUCGACGGGCAGACGCUGCGAGACGCCAAGCGACAGGCCCAGCGACGGGCUGCGCUUCUGGGCGGGGGAGAGGUCGAGGACGCCGAGGAGUACGUGUGGUUGUUGGCGAGUGUCGCGGAUGCUCGCUUUCGUGAAUCUGUGCCUGCCGACGUCAUCGAGGAUGGCGAUAGGUGUGUCACGCUUGGCCACCGUGGAGUGUGCAUGAUCGACGGGGAGCCGCGUUUCGUGGAGCGGGUCUCUCGAGGUGAGCGAGACAGUUCGGUGCAGUCAUGCCGAGAGGACGUCGAGGAUAUCCGCGUGCUGGGGGAUCACCGCUCACGAGGUGGCCGUCGGGAUCUAGACUUCAGGGAUGCCGUCGAGUCCAUGAGAGAGGUGACCGUCGAGGACUGGCCCGAUCAGGGGCCACGAGCGUGCCUUGAGUACCUGAAGAGCAUCGCGUUGCGGGCUGGCAACCUGCUCACCUACCAGGCUGAGUGGCAGCGGCUCAGCGGAGUGGCAGAGGGCGGAGCUCAGGGACACGAGCAUCGUUGCCACCUCGAGACGCUGCGGAGGGCGAUCUGCCACGACCAGCUGAAUGUGGUCAACUUGACGCGAUUCGAGCACGUCGCGCGGCGGGUCAUCCAGGUCGAGAUGGCCGUGGAGAAGAACCCGCGGCACCCCGACUUCAGCGGGCUGGAGGACGUGCCGGCUGGACCGCGGUCGGUGAGCGGCUCAGCCCAUGCGCCGCGGCACCUCGAGCACGUGACCAACCGCCAGAAGGACCGCGCCCAGAUCCUCAAGCAGCAGAGGAGUGCGCUGGCCCACGCGGUUGCGGGGGUCAACGGCUAUGGCGAGCCUCCUCGUGAAGCGACGGACGGUGAGCGGCCCCUCCGGGCGAUCCUCAAGUCCGCCGACCAGUAUGAGCUGGAGCCGCGGCACCUGGCCAGCUACGACCCCGACAAGCUGCACAUCGCGUCCGGCGCGUUGCGGCCUGUCCCCGUGUCGGCCUUGCCCCCAGAGGCUGCGGCUGGGUACGUGAGACACUUCGAGAGCCAGGUGGAGCUGACCGCGCCGGAGCUGGAGGCGAAGCUUUGCCACCGACGGCCUCCACGGACCGUGCUGGGCGGGCCCGCCUCCCUGAGCGAGCUGGACCUCAGCCCCCUCGCCGAGGCCCUCGGCGGCUACGGCGGGGCGCCGGGGCUGCCCCUUGACCUCCACGCGUCGAGCGCGGAUGCGAAGGGCUGCUUCUACCAGCUUGAGGCGGAGGGCGUCGCGAGCCGGUUCGGGCGCGACUGCCCGCUGACCGUGGAGGAGUGGGGCCUCGACAUCACCCACGUCUACGACGACGACCUCAAGGGGCCCACCCCAGUGCGGGCGGGCGAGUUGCUCUAUCCCGCGAUGCGGGCGCUGCCCAUGGGGCGGUCGUGGGCCCCCCACUUUGCGCAGGAGGCUGUCACCACUCUGGCCAAGCGUGGAUGUCCAGGGGGCAGCGAGCAGCUGCUCCAGGACACGCGCCCCGCCCCCCUCCUUCGGCCUGGACGUCCAGUCAGCGCCGUGCACGUGGGCAACUUCACGGGCCUGGGCGGCCGCCAGGAGGGCGCCGCCUUCGGGGUGAGGGGCUUCGAGAGGGCUGCCGCGGACGCGGGGCUGAAGCUCCACGCGCCCGAGGUCGCGCUCGCCGAGCUCGAGUCGCUGAGGCUCGUGAUCCACGGGUCCGACAAGACGCUCAGGCGCACGCCGCGUCGAGUGUGGCGGCUCCACUCCGGGGCCAAGGAGCCCCUCCGGCGCGGGCGCUGCUCGCCUGCCGAGCUGCGGGCUUGGGCGGGGCACGCGGUCCACCUCUUCUCGCUACAGCCGCUGCUGCUGUCGAUCCUGCAGGGCACGCACACCUUCAUCGGGAACGGGCUCAGUGCACGGCGACUUCUGCCCCGCGGAGUUCGGCUUGAGCUGCACCUGGCCGCCGCGCUGGUCUUCUUGGGGGGCGUCAACCUCGCGGCCCCUUACGACGAUGAGGUGCACGUCUCCGACUCGUCGACGGGCUGCUACUGCCUGAUGCACGGGCGGAAGCCCGCUCGGGCGGUCCGAGACGCCUGGCGUUGGCGGGAGCGGUGGCGUUUCGUGGAGGUGGAGGCUGAGUGCGACGACGCCCACUACACCGGCGCCCACCUAGCGCAGCUACGGGGCCUCCCAGCGGAUGACGAGCUGGGGAUCCCCAAGUUCGCUGACGUGCAGCCGCGUGCCAGACGGUCGGCGGGCGCUUGGUCCUCGACCGAGCUGGGCCAGCUAGCUUUUCGCAAGGUUGGCCAGACUCGGCGUCGGCAAGGCUGCAGCGCUGUGGGCGGUCGGCACCGCCAGGAGGUGGAGCUCCUGAAUGCGGCCCCGAAGCUGCCCGCGGCGCUGACGCGCGACGAGGGCUGGCGACGAGCAGCGGCCGGACGGCGGCAGCGCCCCGAGGAGCACAUCAAUAUCAAGGAGGCGAGGGCGUGCGUCAUGGGGUUGCGCAGGAGCUGUCGGUGCCCUCGGCACCACGGCCAUCGGGCCCUCUCGCUGCGCGACAACACGGCGACGUGCUGCUGCCUCGACAAGGGGCGGUCGACCUCCAGGGCGCUGAACACACAGUGCCGACGGGCCGCCGGCUACGCGCUGGGCUGUGGGAUACGAUGGCGUGUCCGCCACGUCCCAACCGACCUCUGCGCGGCUGACUUCGGCUCGAGGCUGCACGAACCACCUGGGCCUCAGUGGCUGUGCGCGGCGAAG